GAAAUAAGAAAUAAUUAUUUUACAGGAUCUCUAGAUUUUCAAGAUUGUCUUGACUGCAAUAAAUUUUAAUUAGAGUUACAUCUGAACAUCUCUAGGAUUUAGUUGUUAUUAUCUAUCGAAACUAGAACAAUGUCAAGAAUUGAAUCUUCAUCAACUACUUCUAUGAAUCGAAGUGCACAUGGUGAUGUACAGUAUAAAAGUCGUUACUACCUACAUCAUCAUGGUCCAGAUCAUUAUCACGGUCGACCAUUAAGUUCAUUUAAACAACACAUGUCCAGCAGUACACUUGCGCAUUUGAUACCAAAUGCAAGUCAAAAACACUUACAUCGUCAACAUAAAUCAGCUCACCGAUUUGAAUUCUCUAGCGCGGGUAAUUUAGCCGUUAAUCAUUCAAGUUUGGAAAAGGAACUUGGUCGUAAAUCAGGUGGUGAUGAAACAGUUUUUGAGGUAAUAUUGAAAGGACACGUUUUUGUACGUGCUACUUGUUCACGACUUCGUGAAUGUUGUGAAUUUUGUCAACACUCAGUUCAUGGUCACUCUUAUUUGUACUGUCGAAAUUGUCCAGUUGUAAUUCAUAAUAAAGACGUUUGUCAAGAACGCCUAACUAGAGUUUGCCCUGUUCAGGAGAUUGGAAUAACAGGAUGGGGAGAAGGAAAUUAUUCGAUUAAAUUCGAGGAAAAACCAUCAAUCGAUUUAGAAGCUGUAUUUCUAUCUGGUCUCCCUGGUCUUCAGUCUAAUAAAUGUUUUGAAUGUGGACGUAUUUUAGACGCACGUAGUGGACAUGAACUUGUACCCGAUAAAACCUUAGGUGAUUUGAAUGAAUCUUCAAGUAAUAAUCCCAAAUCAACAAAAAAGCAGAAAGUCAUUUCACACUUACGACGAGUUCGUUCACAUCACCAGUUUAGUGAGACAACCAGUGUUCCUGAAGCAACAGCUAUGCGUAUUUGUCAUAUGACUGGAAAAUAUUAUUGUGAACGUUGUCAUUGGAAUGAUGUCUGGUAUAUACCGGGUUCAAUCUUCCUUUUGAAUGAUAAAUCUAAACAACCUGUAAGCCGAUCAAUCUAUAUUAAGAUGAGAGUUAUGUGGGAUUCUGUUGUAUUGAGAGUCCCAUCUUACUGGCAUCGUGAGAAUCUAGAGGCUGCUCAAGUUUAUGAAGUUCGUAGUAAACUGCAUAACUUACUACGUUACACUUUAUUAUGUCCCGAGGCGUCUUCAUUGAAGGCUACUUCAGAGCUUGUUGAACCAGCUCAUUUGUUGGGCUAUCCUGAUUAUUAUCGCAUGUGUGAUGUUCUCGAUGUAUUGAACGGGACAUUAUAUCCAAGACUAUUAAGUUAUUUGAAAGCAUGGUCUGAACAUGUAUCACACUGUUCCGUUUGUGGUGACGCUCAGAAGACUGCGGGAAGUGAUGGUGGUAUAUGGGUCGGUGAAAAACUCCCUUAACAUCUACUCAUCACGAAGAGAUGUUUCAUUUUUAGUAGUUAUAUUAAUAAUAAAAAUUUUGAUACCUACUUGUUUUUCAGUUUUGAUGUUUCAAAUUUAUUUUAAUUUUCUUUUUAGUUGCUUUGACAAAAACAUUUUCUCAACGUUUUUAAAAUACUUUUUACGCCUCUUUCACGAUUUUCAUAACUUGUUGUUGAAAACCGGACCAACUCUUAUAGUUUAACAACUAUUGUAGAGAGUGUAUAUCCCGAAACCGGAUAAUUGAUAUCAUGUAAAACGCUUACUCAGGACGAAGUCUAAAUCUGGCGCGUCACAGUAGCAGAGAAAACAAACUGAUGGGAUGUAUUUUCUAGAUAACUUCUUACUUUGAUUAACUGUUUUUUUUUUCAGAUAUUUUAUCUACGUGCUUAUUUUAAUUUUAAAUUACAAAAUAUUUUUAUGACAGAAAUAACUUCGUGAUUGGAUUUAUAUGUAUGCAAACAUCUAAAGAACUUAUAAACAAUUCCGUUCGAUGAACUACAAUAUACUCUACAGACGACAGAGAAGGCGGGUGAAUGAAAUAUAAGUGUAUGCUAACAAUUCAGGCAUCUAUAAAGAUGUAUUAUGUUACUAUGAAAGAAUCGAACUUUAUAAACUAGACAAAAUUUGAGAAAUGUAUAAAUACAUAUAUAUUUCUUUUUCAUCCUUAAAUGAAUUAGAAUAUUCCUAGCAUAUUUAUGGUGUUUUCAUUGUUCUCUACAAUUCUAAUCAUUGUAGUCGCUAUAUACUUAUCAAAAAUACAUGAUUAUGUUUGUGCA